GUAAAUUAUAUAUUUUGAAGCUGUUGUCCCGUUGGGUGAGGGUUGCUUUAACUUACACAUCCACUUUUUUUUCAAACCAAAAUCCACACACACACUCCGUCCUCUCCAUCCAAACAGAACACAACAAAACACAAACGCGCUUUACCUUCACUUCACAACACCACCGCCAAUUUCAACCGCUUCCUCUAGAUCGCGGCGAGAAUUCUAACUAAAACCGAUCCUUCGAAUAGAUCCGAUCUAACAAAUCAAGCAAGAUGGAUAACUUAAUAUCUUUAGUCAACAAAAUUCAAAGAGCUUGCACCGCCUUAGGUGACCACGGUGAAUCUAGUGCACUCCCUACACUUUGGGAUUCUCUUCCCGCUAUCGCCGUUGUCGGUGGCCAGAGUUCUGGAAAAUCCUCCGUCUUGGAAAGCGUUGUCGGUAAAGAUUUCUUACCUCGUGGAUCAGGCAUCGUUACUCGGAGACCACUGGUAUUGCAGCUUCACAAGAGUGAUGAGGGAACUAGAGAGUAUGCAGAGUUUCUUCACCUUCCCAGGAAAAGAUUCACUGAUUUUGCUGCUGUGAGAAAGGAGAUACAAGAGGAAACUGAUAGAGAGACUGGACGGAGCAGCAAACAAAUUUCAACUGUCCCUAUUCAUCUUAGCAUAUAUUCUCCCAUGGUUGUUAACUUGACACUCAUUGAUCUUCCUGGGCUUACGAAGGUAGCUGUAGAGGGACAACCUGACAGUAUAGUGCAUGACAUUGAGAAUAUGGUUCGCUCCUACAUUGAGAAGCCAAACUGUAUAAUUUUGGCUAUUUCACCGGCUAAUCAAGAUAUUGCAACAUCUGACGCAAUUAAAAUUUCCCGCGAAGUGGAUCCUACAGGGGAAAGGACCAUUGGAGUUUUGACAAAGAUUGAUCUAAUGGACAAAGGUACCGAUGCUGUUGAUAUGUUGGAAGGGAGAGCAUAUAGGUUAAAGUUUCCCUGGAUUGGUGUUGUGAAUAGAUCACAAGCAGACAUAAACAAGAAUGUUGACAUGAUUGCUGCAAGGCGUAGAGAACGUGAAUACUUUAAUAGUACUCCUGAAUAUAAACACUUAGCUAACAGAAUGGGGUCUGAGCAUCUGGCGAAGAUGCUCUCAAAGCAUUUGGAGACAGUAAUCAAGUCCAAAAUUCCAGGCAUUCAGUCUCUCAUUAGCAAAACAAUUAAUGAAAUUGAAACUGAACUGACUCGUUUGGGAAAGCCUGUUGCAGCUGAUGCUGGGGGCAAGUUAUAUGCAAUCAUGGAAAUAUGUCGCUCCUUUGAUCAAAUAUUCAAAGACCAUCUUGAUGGCGUGCGACCUGGAGGUGAUAAAAUUUAUAAUGUCUUUGACAAUCAGCUCCCUGCUGCUUUGAAAAGGUUGCAGUUUGACAAACAGCUUUCAAUGGAAAAUAUAAGGAAACUUAUUACAGAAGCUGAUGGGUACCAACCUCAUCUUAUAGCUCCAGAACAAGGAUACCGUCGUCUAAUUGAAUCCACUCUAGUUACUAUCAGAGGCCCUGCCGAGGCAGCUGUUGAUGCGGUUCAUUCUCUAUUAAAGGACCUGGUUCACAAAGCUGUUAGCGAGACUCUGGACUUGAAGCAGUAUCCUGGUCUACGUGCUGAGGUUGGGGCUGCAGCUAUUGAUUCACUAGAUAGAAUGAGAGAUGAAAGCAAAAGGGCAACACUACAACUGGUUGAUAUGGAAUCUGGGUAUCUGACGGUUGAUUUCUUUCGGAAGCUUCCUCAAGAUGUGGAUAAGGGUGGCAACCCCACACAUUCAAUUUUUGAUAGAUAUAAUGAUUCUUAUCUAAGGCGAAUCGGAACAACAAUUUUGUCAUAUGUCAACAUGGUGUGCGCUACUCUACGACAUUCAAUUCCUAAGUCUAUUGUUUAUUGUCAAGUCCGGGAGGCAAAACGAAGCCUACUUGAUCACUUCUUCACUGAUCUAGGAAAAAUGGAGACAAAGCGUUUAUCCUCAUUACUGAAUGAGGAUCCUGCAAUUAUGGAACGUCGUAGUGGCCUUGGAAAGAGACUGGAGUUGUAUCGAAGUGCCCAAGCUGAGAUAGACGCAGUUGCUUGGUCUAAGUAGAUGUGUAUACUGAUCACACUGAUCACGUUUAUACUAUAGAGAGGGAGUAGUAUCACCAUUUAUUUUAUAUUCUUCAUAUUGAUACAAGUAUCUUGAACUAAAAUUUGUACUGUCGUUUUAACUAGAUAUCAAAUGUUUUUUUUGAGUGAGAUGAUUUUGAGUGUUUUUUACCCCCA